AUGCGUUUAUAUGUAUGUAUGAUGUUUCUUCUGAUGAUCCCAUGUUGGGUUUCUGCUGAUGAACUUACUGUAAGCGAAGCUAUUAUAGUUUUAAACGGAACAGUUUUAAUCCUUGCCAUUGCUUUUGUAUCCAUUGGUGCUAUUGUUAGUUUAGUUGCGAUUGCUUAUUUCAUAUCAAAACGCUUGAAAAAACAAAUCUAUGAACCUCAAUAUUAUAUUGAAGAGGCGACUAUAACGGAAAAAGAUGGUAAAGAAUAUUAUGAGGGAAAUAACAAUAUUGAUUCUCAAGUUCUAAACAUACAUCAAAUACGACCAAUUCUGAGUGUUUCACAUGUUGUUUCAUCAAUUACACAAGCUUUAACAAAUCUUACUCUCGCUCUUAUACCAUCCCAAUGGUUGUUUGGCCAAUUUAUAUGCAACCAAGAAAUGUGUGGCAACGAAAAAACAGAUUUACCAGUUUAA